AAUCAUUGGCAAUAAACACAAAGCAAUAAUACAAGAUGAACGAUCUCACCUGCCUGAAGUCCCUCCGGACGGUGCUGCGGGACCUCGACGUGUACGAUGUGCUGCAAGACUUUAUACACCACCGCGUGUUCAAUAAUGAGGAAUGCAUUGAGAUUACAAACGAGCCGGAUGAAACAUAUAGACUGGAUCUGAUGUUUAUGACGCUGGAGGUGAAGCAACAAAGCGACCCGCAGAUAGUGUCCCGUUUUAUGGACGCGCUGCGCAACUACUACGACUGGAUCGUGGAAAAGUGGGAACUGUACCGUAAUACGGUCCCGAAAGAGUACAACCAGUAUCUGUCGUACAGGAAUGAGUCAUUCAUGCCGUCGCAGGCAUCGAUCAGCGUGUAUCGAAAGAAUCUCCGAUGGACCAUGCACAAGCACCUGAUGUCACUGCGUCACGGUGCAUCGGAACAUCGGUAUCUGUUCAUCUACGGCAAAAUUGGAACCGGCAAGCAGACGCUCGUGUGUCAGGCGUGCGAAGAUUUGACCGUAGUGAUGCGCAUGAACUACAAAAUCUUCUACCUAGAUCUGGCGUACUGUAACACCAAGGAGGCCACAUUGGAAAUGUUGGAAAAGCUGCGUGUACAGUUGGGCGAUGCCGUAAAGCAGGAAGAGCGCAGCAACAAUUACAGCUAUCCGUCGAACAAAAUCGACUACUGGAAGCGCACCUUUACCCAGGCGUUCGAGAAGGAACUGUCGGAAAGUUUGCUAGUGCUCGCGCACGUCCGUAGUGCCGAGUUGAUUAAAGAUUUCGAUUUCAAGUGUAAAACUGUGGUCAUCACAAGCAACAAGGAUGUCGUGCACGAGGUAGGCGAACCGGAACGUUUCGUCGUGGAAUUGCCGCAAGGUUUCACGGAGGAGGAAGGGCUGGAGCUGUUUGCGCGUGCACUGAAGAAGAAAAGCACUAUGCUACCGCCGGAAGCAACAGAAUUGUGUCGCGCCUGUCAGGGCAAUCCGUUUCUGAUCAACCUGAUCGCGCUACGGAUGAGUGAGGAGUGCAAGAAUGAGGUGCCGAUCAACUGGAAGCAACACAUCGACAAUCUGCAGAAUUUUAGCAUUGGAAAGUCGGAGCGGGUUUCGAGAACGAUCGCUUCGACGCUGGAGCAGUUCUCCGAGGAGGAGCAGCAGUGUUUCCAUGAUCUGGUGAUCUUCCGGGACAACGUGCCACUAUCGCCUCGUGUGCUGGAGAUGUACUGGGGGAAGGAUAAGGAGACGACCGAAUGUUUCCUGUCGAAGCUGGAACGGCGAGGACUGCUGGAGAAGCGGGUCUGUAAGAAUAAGAUGUUUUAUAUGAUGCAAUACAUUUGUUAUAACGAUAUCAUGCAUCCACCGGGGUCUGAUAUGACCAUACUUCAUCGUCGACUGCUAAAAAACUAUAGCAUCCGUGAGAAUCUCACCAACCGCCGGGAGCUAGAACUGACCAAUGAGUUCCCUAAUGAUGAUUACUUUCACUUCUACAUCGGGUACCACAUAGAUAAGGCAGGGGAAAACGAUCUCUUUCCCGAGCUGUAUCAAGACUUUGGCUUUCUCGAGCAAAAAUUGCGUAUUGCUGGGCUUGCCAAUACGGUGGGCGAUUUGCGCAAAUAUCAAGACAAAAUUUUCCCAUACGUAGAGGACAAGGAAGCCAUCAUUGACACGCUGAUCGAUUUUCUGAUGGUGGCGGAGUGCUUACUGUCGGAAGAUUCGCGCCUGCUGCAAAGGGCAUUAAAUUUUCCCGGUGCAAUUGGGGACAUGGCGAAGGUGCAGGUGGAAAAGUUUAAGAACCGGCUCUGGUUCUGUGAUGUGUCUCACGGAUUCGAGUCAUCCGUCAUUAGGCUAUGCCACCGUCCGGAUAAGGUGCGCCUGCAAGAUUCGAACCACGUGUUUGUCUCGCUGGCAAACAAUGAUAUCCAGCUGUGGAACCUUUCCGUCGAGUACGAUGUUCCGCCGAUGACGUUCAAGGGUUGCCAUGGCGAUCAGAUUAAAGAUAUGCAGAAAACCGAUCAGUUUUUGGUGGCACUCAAUUGGCGUGGGCUGAUCAAGGUUUGGUCAACGAAAAAUCCACCCGAUCGGCCCGAUUAUCGGAUGCGCGACGCAACACCACGGGAAGCAGAAAUGACCCUCUCGAUUAAGAGUGGAUUCAGUUGCUUCUGUGUGCUGAAGCAGAGCAAACACACGGAACUGAUCGCGAUCAGUCAGUCGGGGUUGCUGUGCGUGUACAAGGUGUACACGACCGUGUUCCGGACGGAAAAGCCCGACAUUAAGCACCAAACGGACAUACAGAAUUCGUACAUUUUGCUACCGUUAAGAGAUUUCCGUUAUCCGGAGGGUACUGCCGCGAUCAGACGCUGUCUGUUUUUGGUCGUGGUGGGUGAAGUUCCAAUGGGGAUCGUGUUCAACAUGAUGUCCACGAGUAUUGAGUCGCGAUUUGUCGAGCCGGUGGCACUGAACGUACAUCAGCUGCCGGAAGGAUUUCUGUUCGUUAACGCCAAACAGGUGCGCUUGAGGCCUCUGCGACCGUAUGGGCUGGAUGAGGCAAGAGUUGUGUAUGAGGGAAGAAAUAGCAUCAACACGUGCAGUGUGGUGACGGAGGAUAAGCGAUUCGUGGUGCUCGGUACGCAGCGAGGCAUUUCCAUCAUCAACAUCAGCGAGGGAGUUGAGGUACGGCGCAUGAACAACAGUCACUCGAUCGUCGAUUUGGAUGUGUUGAUGAUGGAGGAAAGCAUGUCGCAUGUUCUGUUGGCGUCCAUCUCGAAGGAUGGCGAAAAUGCGAUGAAUCUGUACAGUCUAUCGCUUGACACCACUAACCAGUAUCAACUGGAAGGUGCAACCGUGUUUCUUGCCAGUCUGGAUAAAGACCCGGUCCUGCUCAAUACCGUCGAUCGGCGUUGCCGGCUGCAACAGACCCUGCUGCACGAUAAUGACUGGGGUGUGUCGCACGAAAAAACGUUCACCAAUGAACAGAUUGACGCACCCGUACUGUGUUUGAUCGAAACUCCUUCCUCGUAUUAUUUUGGACUUGAGAAUGGAAAGCUGCUCAAGCUGUCCGAAUGGCGCAGUAACGCUACGAUGGAGAGUGUGGUCGAUCUCGGUACCGAGGUAACCUAUCUGGAUCAUUUCCAACGCACAACCGAUCUGGGAAGUUCCGAAGUUUUGGUGAUAGCAGGCAAAAAUAUCUGCAAAGUGUACGUUAACGAAGGCGAAGAACUCGAACUGGGCGAUACGAUACGCAAGUCUUACUUGCUUUACGAUCGCUUCCUACUGUUGGUCGGUGAUCGGUGUUCGAUACAGAUUUAUGAUUUGGAAACGAAAUCGAUGGAAUUAAUACAAAAGGAGAUGGAACGGUUGUACGGUGCAUCGGCUUACCAGCAGCUGCCACGCUCCGCACUGAUACUGUGCACCGCCGAUGGGAUCGUUUACCAUCUAGGCCUGCACCAGACAGCAAUCGAAACGUUCGAUUUGGCACCGUUCGAUGAGCUGCUAACAGUGAAACCGGCCCAAAGCAAACUUACUUCGUCCGUCAGCAGUACCAACGUGAUCUGCGCCUGUGCCUUAUCGGCGGACGGAGAGUUUCUGGCCGUCGGGUGCUACGAUGGCCGUAUCAUUCUUCACCAGAUGGAUCUCAACCGGCAGCUGGGUGUUUUGGAAUCGCAUCAGUUUCCGGUGGCGGAGCUGUACUUUAGCAGCUGGAGUGAACCGGGCGCACCGCACAUACUGGUGAGCGUUGGCGAUCAGAUCGUGUUCUGGAGUGUGGACUAUCUGUACAACAAUCAACCACGCAAGAGCGUAUCAAGUAUACGGCUUUCGGGACGCUUCACCACGCGAAAAACGGCAAUGGUCGAUUCCGUAAUGGCGUCCAAUGAUAAUCGCCGUUCGUACGGUAGCAAUCAUUCGGGCUUUUCGACACCGGUCAUGGGCAGUCCGGUGCAGAAAAAUUUCCUCAUCGAGCGGUUUGAAGAAUCGGCCCACUGGUUCGAUAAGCGUGGCGCAUCCAGUAAACCGCAUCUGCUCUCCUGCAUCAAGCUGAUCGGACGGGCAAAGCGGUUGAUCAUGAAUCGAGAGUUUAACAAAUUUCUAACCAUGGACGAUGAGGGCUAUAUCCAUUACUUGCGAUUUUAUCGCCCUUCGCCGACCCAGCUACUGUUUCCACCGCCUCCGACGUUUGCGAUGCGACCGUCCAUUUCGCCGACGGUGCCCGGUGAAACAAUGACCACCAACAAUACCGUCCAUUUUAUAUGA